GGAGACGCUUGCAGGAGGUCUGGCCGCCUUGCCCACGGGUAUCCCCGAACCCACCGCUGCGCCCGCACCAUGCCCGCCGCCGGCUCCGAGCUGCCGCCGCCGCCGCCGCCCGCCGCGCAGGAGCGGGGCGCCGAGCCGCGGCCCCACGGGGAGCUGCAGUACCUGGGGCAGAUCGAGCACAUCCUCCGCUGGGGCUUCCGUAAGGACGACCGCACCGGCACCGGCACCCUGUCGGUGUUCGGCCUGCAGGCGCGCUACAGCCUGAGAGAUGAGUUUCCUCUGCUGACAACCAAGCGUGUAUUCUGGAAGGGUGUUUUGGAGGAGUUGCUGUGGUUUAUCAAGGGAUCCACGAAUGCUAAAGAACUGUCGUCCAAGGGAGUGAAAAUCUGGGACGCCAACGGGUCCCGUGACUUCCUGGACAGCCUGGGAUUCUCCAGCAGAAAAGAAGGAGACUUAGGCCCCGUUUAUGGCUUUCAGUGGAGGCAUUUUGGGGCAGAAUACAAAGAUAUGGAUUCAGAUUAUUCCGGUCAAGGAGUAGACCAACUGCAAAAGGUGAUUGACACGAUCAAAACCAACCCUGACGACAGAAGAAUCAUCCUGUGUGCUUGGAAUCCAAAAGAUCUUCCUUCCAUGGCCCUGCCUCCAUGCCAUGCCCUCUGCCAGUUCUACGUGGUGAACGGUGAGCUGUCCUGCCAGCUGUACCAGCGGUCAGCAGACAUGGGGCUAGGUGUGCCCUUCAACAUCGCCAGCUACGCCCUGCUCACCUACAUGAUCGCACACAUCACCGGCCUGAAGCCAGGUGACUUUGUACACACUUUGGGAGAUGCACACGUCUACCUGAAUCAUGUUGAGCCGCUGAAAAUGCAGCUUCAGCGAGAACCAAGGCCUUUCCCGAAGCUUAAAAUCCUUCGAAAAGUUGAGACAAUCGAUGACUUCAAGACUGAAGACUUUCAGAUUGAAGGGUACAAUCCUCAUCCGACUAUUAAAAUGGAAAUGGCCGUUUAAAGUGCUUUUAAAGGAGUUGUUUGAAGGAUACUGUCUUUAGGGGUUGGAAUGGAUGCUUAGGUGAAAAUUCUUUUUGUUCUAAAGAAAGAAGGAACUAGGUCAAAAAUCAGUUGGUAACUGUCAGUUAUUACUCAUUAACGUAAGACUGUUACCACUGGCCAAUAUAACUGUGCUGACUCUCUUAGUAAUAAAAGGCCUUCACUGAAUGAGGAUGUAUGAAAAUACUGAGAUUAUGAAUAAACUGAAGAGAGUACAAAUGUAUAUACUUUAAAAAUCAUAUACAUGCAUUUCAAUUCCACAUUUGUAUGAUUUCAAGAAUUAUAAGUUAUUCCCUCACAUUUAAGCAAGCUGAAUAACACGUCAUGAUAAUGUAUGG